UAAUACCCUCGUUCCUUCCGUUAUAUUCAAACGUACCAUCUCCAUCUUCAUUGUGGAGUAUAAUUUGAAAAACUAAAAUCACCAAAUCUCUUCUACGUUUCUUUGUUUCUAAAUCUACAUUUUCACUUUCCAUGGCUUUGGUUAUCUCCUGCUCCGCUCUACCCACGAUCCGAGCAUCUUCCGGAUCCGGAUCUUUGAAAAACCCGGAUUCAAACCGUAAGAAAUCUGCUUCUUGGUGGGCGCCUCUCUUCGGUAUAUCCUCCGAGCCAGACUACCUCAACAUCCAAGGCUCAGUCUCAGGCUCUACCGUGGAUCCGGAUUCGAUUCCGGAUAAAAUCGAUGUCUCCGGGUCGGGUCAGACUCAGAAGCUCCGUCGCGGCUGUCUCACGGAGGAGAAAGCUAAGCAGCUGAGGAGGAAAACAGCAGAAGCUUCCACGUUUCACGAUGUUAUGUAUCAUUCCGCCAUUGCGUCUCGUCUUGCUUCUGAUCUCUCCAGCCGGGUCGAAGAUUGAAAACGGAUCCGGGUCAGAUCUGGAGAUGAAUCUUUUUUUUAAUUUCAGUGUUCGUGUAGGAUGCAGACCAUCUUCUAUCGGUGCACCUUUUUCAUAAGAACCGUUGGAUUGUGUUUGGUCUUUAUUGUGUUGUAAAUUCUGGUUCCUCAGGAACCGUUGGAUGAUCGUUAAUUUCCGUUGAUUUCUGUUUUUUCUGUAAACAACCGUUGGAUGAUCUCCUACUUUAGUUCGUUUAGACAUUUCUUGUCACACUAUUACACUAAUCUGCAGCUCUUUCAUCUAAUCUCAAUAUUAAGUAAU